AUGAGGGCCUUGCUGCUGCUGGCGCUGCUCCUGGCCGCUUGCGCCGCGGCGGCGGCGCAGGCGACGGGAGGGGCCAACUCCACCUCCACGCCGUUCGUGCCGCGGGACGACAUCCUGCUGGACUGCGGCGCCAAGGGGCAGGGCAACGACACGGACGGCCGGGUGUGGACCGGGGACGCCGGGUCCAAGUACGCCCCGCCGGACAACCUCGCCUCGGUGGCCUCCGCCUCCGGCCAGGAUCCCUCGGUGCCGCAGGUGCCGUACCUCACCGCGCGGGUCUCGGCCUCGCCCUUCACCUACUCCUUCCCGCUCGGCCCGGGCCGCAAGUUCCUCAGGCUCCACUUCUACCCGGCCAACUACUCCAACCGCGACGCCGCCGACGGUCUCUUCUCCGUCUCCGUCGCCAUCCCGGGCGGAAAGCUCACGCUGCUUUCCAACUUCAGCGCCUACCAGACGGCUGCCGCGAUCACCUACUCGUACCUCAUCCGGAAGUUCUCCGUCAACGUCUCGUCCCCGACGCUCGACCUCACCUUCACCCCGGAGAAGGGCCACCCCAACGCCUACGCGUUCGUCAACGGCAUCGAGGUCGUGUCCUCCCCCGACCUCUUCGACAUCUCCACUCCCAACAUGGUUGCCGGGGACGGCAACCUCCAGCAGUUCCCAAUCGAUGCUGGCACGGCGAUGCAGACCAUGUACCGGCUCAACGUCGGAGGCCAGGCGAUUUCGCCCUCCAAGGACACGGGCGGUUACCGGUCCUGGGACGACGACUCAACCUACAUCUUUGGCGCUAGCUUCGGGGUCAGCUACCCGAAGGAUAACAAUGUCACCAUCACAUAUCCAAGCAAUGUGCCGGAGUAUGUGGCGCCAGAGGAUGUCUACGGCACAGCGCGUUCCAUGGGACCAACUAAGGAAGUGAACAUGAACUUCAAUCUCACAUGGAUGUUGCAGGUGGAUGCUGGAUUCAUGUACCUUAUCAGGCUGCAUUUCUGUGAGAUCCAGUACCCGAUCACGAAGAUCAAUCAGCGGGUCUUCAAUAUUUACAUUAACAACCAGACUGCAGUCAAGGGUGCUGAUGUGAAUGCGUGGGCGGCCAUGAGUGGUGCUACCACCCUUAUUGGCACUCCGGUGUAUCAGGACUAUGUGGUGAGCACACCGGGUGUAGGGGCCAUGGAUUUAUGGAUAGCUCUCCAUCCGGAUCCUGACACAAAACCACAAAUAUAUGAUGCUAUCCUCAAUGGCAUGGAGGUGUUCAAGUUACAGCUUACCAAUGGUAGCCUUGCAGGGCUCAAUCCUAUCCCAAGUGUUGCCCCUGCACAUGAUGGGACAACUAAGAAGAAGUCAACUGUUGGGCCUAUCGUCGGUGGAGUGGUUGGAGGUUUGGUGGUUCUUGCACUUGGGUAUUGCUGCUUCUCUGUGAUCUGCAAGCGUAGGAGGAAUGCUGGGAAGGAUGCAGGCAUGAGCGAUGGACAUUCUGGUUGGCUGCCCCUGUCUCUUUAUGGCAAUUCACACACUUCCAGUUCAGCCAAGUCACACACUACUGGUAGCUAUGCUUCAUCUUUGCCAUCCAACCUGUGCCGCCAUUUCUCUUUCGCUGAGAUCAAGGCCGCAACAAACAACUUUGAUGAGUCCCUUAUUCUUGGUGUGGGUGGAUUUGGUAAAGUUUACCGUGGUGAGAUUGAUGGGGGAACAACUAAGGUCCUCUGUGCACGGCCUGCCCUGAACCCUACUCUUCCAAAAGAAGAAGUUAGCUUGGCGGAGUGGGCGUUGCACUGCCAGAAGAAGGGCAUUCUUGAUCAGAUUGUUGACCCCUACCUGAAGGGAAAGAUAGCUCCACAAUGCUUCAAGAAGUUUGCUGAGACAGCUGAGAAGUGUGUUUCUGAUCAGGGUAUUGACCGCCCUUCGAUGGGUGAUGUGCUCUGGAACUUGGAGUUUGCCCUUCAGAUGCAGGAAAGCGCAGAAGAGAGCGGAAGCCUUGGUUGUGGGAUGUCGGACGAGGGCACUCCCCUUGUGAUGGUCGGAAAGAAGGAUCCAAAUAACCCAUCGAUCGAAUCAAGCACCACCACCACAACCACCACUUCUAUAAGCAUGGGCGAUCAAAGCAUCGCGAGUAUGGACUCGGAUGGGCUGACGCCUAGCGCUGUCUUCUCACAGAUCAUGAACCCCAAGGGGCGGUGA